AUAAACAGAGUUCACCAAAAAAAAAAAGGAAACAAAAACUUGGGUCAAACAAAAAUGGCGGCCGAGAAAAAGAGAGUAAAGUACUUGAUCGUUGAUGCAUUCGCUGAAUCCGCCUUCAAAGGGAACCCGGCUGCUGUAUGCUUUCUUGACGACGAGAACGAGAGAGACGACGCGUGGCUUCAGUCUCUUGCUACCGAGUUCAACAUCUCCGAGACUUGUUUCCUCACCCCCAUCACCACCGUCUCCGACGAUGCUUUCCCUCGCUUCCGUCUCCGGUGGUUUACUCCAGUCGCUGAGGUGGAUCUGUGUGGUCAUGCAACGUUAGCAUCUGCUCAUGUUCUCUUCUCAACUGGUUUGAUUGGUUCGGAAACAGUUGAGUUCGCCACAAGAUCAGGGAUUCUAACAGCUACUAAACACCUCAAAGAUGAUGAUGAUGGUGAAGAGGAUGUUGGAUACAAUUCAAGUCCCACAUCUGAAGUUUGAAGGGACUAUCAU